AUGGAGGAGUUAGUAAUGGGUAUUGAGGCAGUGCAGCUCUCGGUCGAGAAUGAUGAACUAGAGCAGGGGCAGGGUACGGACAUGAGGCAGGGGAGUCCGAAUGUCGUAGGCGAAUCGGAGGAGGUGCAGAGAGAGGAACGUGAGAAUAGGGUGGUGUAUCAGAGGCGGGAGGCAAGAACAAAGAAGAAGUAUGAUCAGGGGCGGGAAGCACGCGAGGGGGAAGAGGCGAAUCAGAGGGUGGAACAGAAGCGGAUGAGACUCGAGGACCAGGAGCGAGAGGUGAGUUCGAUGGAGGGGGACAGGGAGAGGGAGGAAGAAAAUGUGAGGGAGAAAGAGAGGAAGGUCGAGCGCGAAAAGGAGGACUUGCGGCAAAGGGAAGAAGACGAGAGGAAGAGCGAGGAGGCGAGGAAGAUGGAGCGCGAAAAGGAGGAAAAGCGGCAGAAGGAGGAGGAAGAGCGGAAGAGGGAGGAGAAAAAGGCUGAGCGCGAACAGGAGGAAAAGCGGCAGAGGGUGGAGGAAGAGCGGAAGAGGGAGGAGGAGAAAAAGGCUGAGCGCGAACGGGAGCAAACGCGGCAGAGGGAGGUGGAAGAGCGGAAGAGGGAGGAGGAGAAAAAGGCUGAGCGCGAACGGGAGGAAACGCGGCAGAGGGAGGUGGAAGAGCGGAAGAGGGAGGAGGAGAAAAAGGCUGAGCGCGAACGGGAGGAAAAGCGGCAGAGGGAGGUGGAGAGCGGAAGAGGGAGGAGGAGAAAAAGGCUGAGCGCGAACGGGAGGAAACGCGGCAGAGGGAGGGAGGUGGAAGAGCGGAAGAGGGAGGAGGAGAAAAAGGCUGAGCGCGAACGGGAGGAAACGCGGCAGAGGGAGGUGGAAGAGCGGAAGAGGGAGGAGGAGAAAAAGGCUGAGCGCGAACGGGAGGAAACGCGGCAGAGGGAGGUGGAAGAGCGGAAGAGGGAGGAGGAGAAAAAGGCUGAGCGCGAACGGGAGGAAACGCGGCAGAGGGAGGUGGAAGAGCGGAAGAGGGAGGAGGAGAAAAAGGCUGAGCGCGAACGGGAGGAAAAGUGGCAGAGGGAGGAGGAAGAGCGGAAGAGGGAGGAGGAGAAAAGGGCUGAGCGCGAACUGGAGGAAAAGCGGCAGAGGGAGGUGGAAGAGCGGAAGAGGGAGGAGGAGAAAAAGGCUGAGCGCGAACGGGAGGAAAAGCGGCAGAGGGAGGUGGAAGAGCGGAAGAGGGCGGAAGAGAAGGCUGAGCGCGAAAAGGAGGAGAAACGGCAGGAGGAUGAGCGGAAGAGGGAGGAAGAGACUAAGCUGGAGCGUGAAAAGGAGGAGAAAUGGCAGAGGGAGGAUGAAGAAUGGAAGAGGGAGGAGAAGGCAGAGCGCGAACAGGAGGAGAAGCGGCAGAGGGAGGAGGAAGAGCGGAAGAGGGAGGAGAAGGCUGAGCGCGAAGAGGAGAAACGGCAGAGGGAGGAUGAGCAGAAGAGGGAGGAUGAGCGGAAGAGGGAGGAAGCGACGAAGAUGGAGCGCGAAAAGGAGGAGAAGCGGCAGAGGGAGGAUGAAGAACGGAAGAGGGAAGACAAGGCAGAGCGCGAACAGGAGGAGAAGCGGCAGAGGAAGGAGGAAGAGCGGACCAGGGAGGAGAAGGCUGUGCGCGAAAGGGAGGAGAAACGGCAGAGGGAGGAGGAAGAGCGGAACAGGGAGAAGGCUGAGCGCGAAAAGGAUGAGAAACGGCAGGAGGAUGAGCGGAAGAGGGAGGAAGCGACGAAGGUGGAGCGCGAAAACGAGGAGAAGCGGCAGAAGGAGGAUGAAGAGCGGAAGAGGGAGGAGAAGGCUGAGCGCGAACAGGAGGAGAAGCGGCAGAGGGAGGAGGAAGAGCGGAACAGGGAGAAGGCUGAGCGCGAAAAGGAUGAGAAACGGCAGGAGGAUGAGCGGAAGAGGGAGGAUGAGCGGGGGAGGGAGGAAGCGACGAAGAUGGAGCGCAAAAAGGAGAUGAAGCGGCAGAGGGAGGAUGAAGAACGGAAGAGGGAAAAGACGGCAGAGCGCGAACAAGAGGAGAAGCGGCAGAGGGAGGAGGAAGAGCGGAAGAGGGAGGAGAAGGCUGAGCGCGAAAAGGAGGAGAAACGGCAGAGGGAGGACGAGCGGAAGAUGGAGGAUGAGCGGAAGAGGGAGGAAGCGACGAAGGUGGAGCGCGAAAACGAGGAGAAGCGGCAGAGGGAGGAUGAAGAGCGGAAGAGGGAGGAGGCUGAGCGCGAACAGGAGAAGCGGCAGAGGGAGGAGGAAGAGCGGAAGAGGGAGGAGAAAAAGACAGAGCGCGAACAGGAGGAGAAGCGGCAGAGGGAGGUGGAAGAGCGGAAGAGGGAGGAGGAAAGAAAGGCUGAGCGCGAAAAGGAGAAGCGUCGAAGGGAGGAGGCGCAGAAGAGGGAGGAGAAGCAGCAGGCUGAGCGCGAACAGGAGGACAAGAGGCAGAGAGAGGAAGAGCAGAACAGGGAGGAGGAGAAAAAGGCAGAGCGCGAACAGGAGGAAAAGCGGCGGAGAGAGGACACGUGA